AGUUUAUUUGUUGUUUUCGCAGAGGGACAGGGGGCCAAUGAAAGGAGACUCACUUUUGACUUCUUCUUCGCUCAAUGAUUUCUUCUUCGUCUCACAAAAAUAGCCAUUUUUGAGACUGCUUAAACUUUUUUCGCUCAAAAAAAGUAAACAACCUCUUUGUUUUGCUUUGCUUCUGAUCUGUUGUUUUUUUCUUUUCCUUCUGUAAUCGGAAACAAUGCCUAUAGAAGGGAUCUUUGUCUCUGGCUUCGUCAAUUUGUUAUUUGGAAAGAUAACCUCUUUUGCCUCAUCUAAAUUACCCACCUUUGAAGGUAUUGAUACCCAGCUGACCAAUUGGACCAAUAUGCUGUCGCAAAUUGAAGCUCUUCUGAUUGACGCGGAGGAGAAGCAACUGACCGAUCGAGCCGUGAACUUGUGGCUCGAUGAUCUCGAGGAUCUAGCAUAUGAUUUGGAUGAUUUAGUGGAUGAGUUCGCCACCGAAGCUUUGCGACACAAGCUCAAGGCAAAGCCGCCCGAAGCUAGUUCUAGCAAGGUAUGGAACCUCAUCCCUAAUUUCAAGCCAAGAGAUGUUAUGUUUAAUUUCAAAAUGAAGUGCAAGGUUGAGGAGAUGAAUAACAGAUUGCACAAUAGUUUUGAACAAUGUUCAAAACUUAAUUUGGUUAAGAUUGUUGGAACCACCCCUACACCUACGACUAAGACUUGGCAAAGACCAGACUCUACAUCUUUGUUUGAUGAACCUCGCAUUUAUGGCCGAGAACAUGAUCAAAGAAAGAUAAUUGAGUUGCUCGUAAGGGGGGAUGAAUCAAGUCAUAAUAACAUUGGUGUAAUUCCCAUUGUGGGUAUGGGUGGAAUUGGCAAGACCACCCUUGCUCAGAUGGUAUACAACGAUGAAACUGUGCAGAAGCAUUUCCAUCUGAAAGCCUGGGUCUGUGUGUCAGAUGAGUUCGACAUUAUGAGGAUAACAAAAGCAAUUCUUGAGUCAGUGACUUCCCAAACAUUUAGUUUUAAUAACUUGGACCAAGUCCAAGUUCAACUAAAGCAGGCUUUGGCUGGAAAGAAGUUUUUAAUUGUUUUAGACGAUGUCUGGAACAAAAAAUACAAUGACUGGAAUGUUUUGAAGAAACCUUUCAAUGAUGGAGCCCAAGGGAGUAAAGUUGUGGUGACUACACGUGACAGAGAAGUUGCAGGAAUGAUGACAACUGUUGAACUUCAUGACAUUAAGAUCCUAUCAAAGGAGGAUUGUUGGUCAUUGUUUGCACAACAUGCCUUUGCGAAUACAAGUAUUGAUGCAAAUCCAAAAUUGGUAUCAAUUGGUAAGGAAAUUGUGGAGAAAUGUAAAGGUUUGCCUCUAGCUGCUAGGACACUUGGUGGCCUUUUACGUAGUAAAGUACGAGAUAAGGAAUGGAUAAAUGUAUUGCGUAGUAAAAUAUGGGAUUUACCACACACAAAAAGUGACAUCUUCUUGCUUUGAGAAUUAAGCUAUCAUGAUCUCCCUUCGCAUUUGAAGCAGUGCUUUGCAUACUGCUCAAUAAUACCCAACGACUAUGAAUUUGAGGAAGAGGAACUAGUCUUGUUGUGGAUGGCGGAGGGCUUCAUUCAGCAACAAAGAGAUAAGCAAAUGGAAGAUGUAGGAGGUGAGUACUUUCGGGAAUUGUUGUCAAGGUCUUUUUUCCAACCAUUAAGUACCGGUAAAAGCUCUAAAUUUGUUAUGCACAACCUCAUCAAUGAUUUGGCUCAAGUAGUUGCAAGAGAUACUUGUUUUAGAUUGGAGGAUAGAUUGA